UAUGAUUUAGGAUAUUUGCCUCUUAUCCUUUUUUUUAUAAAAAAAUAUUUUUCAAUAAUUUGGACUUUUUUAAUCGGUUUUAUAACCGCCGCAAUAUAUAUUAUAUUUAGAACUAUAUACCGUUUGAAUUUAAUUAUAAAAGAAGAUAAUCAACCAGUGCCAUUACUAAACUUUAAUUUAGAAUCUGCCCUUGGCAGGCUGAGUAAAGCCAUCCAAUUCAAAACAAUGUCUUAUGAUCCUGGAAAAUACGAACGUAAAGAAUUGGAGGAUUUUGUCAAAUAUUUAAUAAAAGCUUACCCAUUGGUCCAUUCGACUCAUUGGAUCAAGAGAGAGGUGAUCAACGAUUACAGCUUAUUGUAUCAUUGCGUCAGCAUAGCAGAAUCUAAAGGACUCUUGAAUUCAGAUGAAAAUCAAGACACAUCCCCUUGGAUGCUUAUAGCUCACUCGGACGUUGUUCCUGUGUCGGAUAAUGAUUCUUUAUUAUGGAAAUCCCCGGCUUUCGAGGGCCAAAUUGUUAACGAAGCCAAACCCCCCAAUUUUAAAGGGACUAGUGACGAUAAAGGAGAAAUACCCUAUUUGUAUGGCCGCGGAUCGCUAGAUGCCAAGCACAUUUUAUGCGCCAACCUAGAGUGUUUGGAAUUGAUGAUCAAAUCGGGAUUGAGACCGAAAAAUCGUUCCCUUUACCUCGGAUUCGGCCACGACGAAGAGGUGGGAGGCAGCGAUGGAGCCUCUCAUGUGGCCAAACAUUUGGCCAAAAAGCUCGAAAAAAAUUCACCAUCUAAUGCCUUACCAAGUACCCCUACUAGUAAACAUUUUUCGAAUGAUUACCAACCACCCUUGGCUUUUAUCCUCGACGAAGGAACUAACAUUUUCUACGACAUUUUGGACCAUAAAAAUUUGGCCCUGAUAGGAAUCUCUGAAAAGGUGACUUGCAUCCUCAAACUGACUGUUAAAACCUCCAGCGGUCAUUCUAGCGUUCCCAUAGCCGGCUCUAAUGCAAUAGCUAUCUUGAGCAGCGCAGUUUCCAAGCUCAACGAUUAUCGAUUCACUUUUGCCAGCUCCCACAGCAUCCUCGCUAAGCGGGUCGAAAGCGAAUUAUUCACUAAAGUUUCCCCGUAUUUAUUGACCAAAUCUAAGCUCAAUUCCAAAUGCGACGAAACAUCUGAAAGUUUACCUUGCAAAGGAGGGUGCGUCGUAAUGGCAAAAGGAUGCGAAUUGAUGGAGGAAGCGAAGCGGUUAAUUGGCAGAGUCUUUUUAAUUAACCACGAUCUGUGGGCUCCCUUGGUUGUUAGAAUGAUGUCCCAAAAUAGUUUGAUGACUCCUCUCUUUAAGUCGGUAUCGUGUGUGACCAAGUUUCAUGGCGGAAUUAAGGAUAAUGUCGUGCCUAGCGAGGCGCAAGCCAUAGUAUGUCAAAGAGUUCAUCCUGUUCAAACCAUUUCGCAGAUCAUGGAAAUAAAUCGCCGAGUUAUAAAUGAUCCCAGGAUUCACAUGGAGGCUCACUCCGAAGUGCCUAACAUUCCUAUAUCGAGUUUCGAGGAAAAAUCACCCAUCACAAAUUAUUUCACGGGCUAUCAUUUCAUCAAAAAGACCAUAUCUCAACUUUUUACCGAUACCGUAGUGGCUCCAAUAAUCAUGCCGGGUGGUACGGAUUCGAAACAUUUUGUGGGCCUAGCUAAGAAUAUUUACAGAUUUUCGCCCGUUUACAUGUCCACCACAGAUUUAAGGGGAGUUCACGGGGUUAACGAAAAGAUUGCGGUUGAAAGUUACGAAAAAUUUCUCAAUUUCUAUUAUCGACUCAUAGAAAAUGUGAGCGGCUUGGAGGCUUCCGUGUAAAUAUCUUCAUUUUUUUUCUCGCGAAAUUUCGAUGUAUUUAAUUUAACUGUUUAAAAAAAUAAUCUUUGCAAAAAUUUUAUAAAAUAUAAUAAAAUUACACGGUACAAAAAUAUAAUAUUUAUUUCAAUGUUAUUUAAAAAAAAAAUA